UACAGUUACGUCAUUCUCCACUCGGAAAUCUUCGGAAGGUUUCAGACUGUACCAAUAGAUGUCUGGCAUGUCUAACACAAACUGCUUUUUGUUUUGGAGAAGAGUACACGACCGUGAUAAUUGUAUACUUUAACACAGAUUCUUUAUCGGUACUGUUCAGUGAAACGUGCUGUCAAACCUCGGCUAAAUCAUGGGUGGAAAGAUGGACCUCUCUGCUAUCGUUCAUUAGGCCUGUUCGUUUCUCUGUCCUCGCCAUGGCGCCGUGUCCCUGCUCUCUCAGUUACUGAAAGUGGCCGCCUCUCUUCUACUGCCGACCCUACGCUCUCAGAAUCAGUCUGUACCCACAACCGCCAUUUUGGAGGCAGAGAGCGCAGAGUUGGCAGCGGCAGAGAUCGAGCGAAAAGGGGGACACGGGGCCCAAGGUAUCUGUGCCCUGUAUGGGUCAUCGUCUCCAUGGCCUCUCAGCGAGAUGAGACGGAGCCCACAGCCUGCUCAAAGCUGGCCAAGCCUGUGCACCUGCAGCACCUGGAGCGCUCAUUGAGAUUGGACUCCUUCUUGUGGCAAACAGCCAGUACCUUCAAUGGAGACAUUUCCAGUGAUGACAGUGAGGACUCUUUGGAUGAGGGCCCCUCUCUUCUGGCGUCAGACCCAGACACUCUUCCGGAGGCAAUCAAAGAGAAACCUGCAGACCCCACAGAGUGUGGGAGAAGGACCAGGCUCUCAGAAUGCAGCCCAUUGAAUGGAGCUCUGCUGUUUGAACAAAACAAAGGAAAUUUGUACAAUUUCUCCAAGUUGAAGAAGAGUAGAAAGUGGUUGAAGGGCAUUCUCCUAGGUGACGAGACAGACUCCGAGUCUGACGUGAGUGACUCAGACUUCUCUUUGUCCAAUGAAGAGCUACAAGACAUGCUGCGGCUCCACAAACUCACCAGACUCCAUCAGAGCAAGUUUCACGCAGACCGCGAGCUGCAGCAGUAUCAGUAUUACAGUACUGGUCUUCUCUCGUCCCAUGACCCCUUCUAUGAACAACAGCGCCAACUGUACGGGCCAAAGAAGAAGAAGUUUAAAGAGGAGAAAAAAUCAAAACUGAAGAAGGUGAAGAAAAAGAAGAAAAGAGGUGAUGACCCGGGUGCAGAGGGACGGCCGUAUGUCACCAAAAUCUUUGCCAAGUUUACUCAUGAUAUUCCUCUUCCCAUGUCCAAGAAGAAGCACUUAACCAUUGAGCAACUAAACGCAAGGAGACGAAAAGUCUGGCUCACCAUUGCAAAAAAAGAGAAUCCAAAGGCAUUUAAACAGAAAGCAUCAGCGAAGAACUUCGUUUUAUCUAAUGCCAAAAAGUUGGCACACCAAUGCAUGCGCGAGGUCCGCCGGGCCGCCAUCCAGGCCCAGAAGAACUGCAAAGAGACUCUGCCACGUGCCCGCCGGCUCACCAAGGAGAUGCUGCUCUACUGGAAGAAGUAUGAGAAGGUGGAGAAGGAGCACCGCAAGCGUGCAGAGAAAGAAGCCCUGGAGCAGCGCAGGCUGGAUGAGGAGAUGAAAGAGGCUAAGAGACAGCAGAGAAAGCUGAACUUCCUCAUCACACAGACAGAGCUGUACGCUCACUUCAUUGGGGGGAAACAGGACAGCACCCAGGAUGAGAUCCUGAAGAAGCUGGAGGACAAGUCUUCCCAGAGGCAGAUCGAUAUUGGCGGAGGGGUCGUCGUGAACAUGGGCCAGGAGGAUUAUGACUGUGAUUACUACAAGUCUCAAGCUCUGAGAAAUGCCAAAGAGGCCUACAAGAUCCAGCAGACAAGGACCAGAAUAUUUGAUGAUGAGGCUAAGGACAGUCGCUCUGCAUCUCUCCAUGUGGCCAGCAUAUCUGGCUUUGGGGAAAGCUACAGCUUGGCUAACCCAUCGAUUCGUGCAGAGGAAGACAUUCCACAGCCCACCAUCUUUGAUGGAUUGCUCAAGGGCUAUCAGCUGAAAGGCAUGAACUGGCUAGCUAACCUGUAUGAGCAGGGCAUCAAUGGCAUUCUUGCAGAUGAGAUGGGUUUAGGCAAAACAGUCCAGAGCAUUGCUCUGUUGGCUCACCUCGCAGAGCGUGACAACAUUUGGGGACCAUUCCUCAUAAUUUCACCUGCCUCAACUCUCAAUAAUUGGCACCAGGAAUUCUCCCGCUUUGUGCCUAAAUUCAAGGUGUUACCAUACUGGGGUAAUCCUCAUGACAGAAAGGUCAUCAGGAAGUUCUGGAGCCAGAAAACUCUGUACACCCAGAACGCCCCCUUUCACGUCGUCAUUACCAGCUACCAGCUUGUGGUCCAGGAUGUCAAGUAUUUCCAGCGGGUGAAGUGGCAGUAUAUGGUUCUGGAUGAGGCCCAGGCGCUGAAGAGUAGCACCAGUGUAAGAUGGAAGAUACUUUUACAGUUCCAGUGCAGAAAUAGACUUCUACUCACAGGAACUCCCAUUCAGAACACCAUGGCUGAGCUGUGGGCCCUUCUUCAUUUCAUCAUGCCUACUCUGUUUGACUCACAUGAUGAGUUCAAUGAGUGGUUCUCAAAAGACAUCGAAAGCCACGCAGAGAAUAAGUCUGCCAUCGAUGAGAACCAGCUCUCCAGACUUCACAUGAUCCUUAAACCUUUCAUGCUUCGUCGAAUCAAGAAAGAUGUGGAGAAUGAGUUGUCAGAUAAGAUUGAGAUCCUGACAUAUUGCAACCUCACCAGCAGACAGCGUCUCCUGUACCAAGCUCUGAAGAAUAAGAUCUCCAUAGAAGACCUGUUGCAGUCGUCUAUGGGAUCCUCUCAACAGGCCCAUAACACUACCAGCAGCCUCAUGAACCUUGUCAUGCAGUUCAGGAAGGUGUGUAAUCACCCAGACCUGUUUGAGAGGCAGGAGACCCGCUCUCCCUUUCACAUGACGCUCAGGCCUUUCCUCAUUUCUAAGUUCAUGUUCCGACAAGGCCUUCUACACACAUCAAACCAGAACAGGAUUAAGUUGCUUCAGGUUUUGCUUUCUCCAUUCUCUCCACAUUACAUUCAGCAGUCCCUGUUUCACAGAAAAGGUGAUGAUGAGGGGAGUUGCUUCUCAUUCCUGCGUUUCAUCGACGUCUCCCCAUCUGAGAUGUCCAACAUCAUGCUGCAGGGCAGUCUGAUUAGAUGGUUAGCCAUUUUUCUGUCCCAGAAGUCCUCUUACCGGCUCUACACGCGCCGACUGUGGGCCAUGGAGAACCAGGAUCAGAACCAGACGCUAAACACAAAAGACCUGAUUCUGUGGCUCAACACACCAACCUCUUUCCCAAGCACAUAUGAUAGUCCUGUCCUUCAGGAUCUGGUGUUCACCAGGCAUCAGCCAGGAUUGUUGAGACCCAUGGAUGUACCUGGCCAUUCGAGACUUUCUUCAGCUCCUGCUCUAAGACCUUGCCAGCCCUCUCAAUUGCCCAAAUUCCUCCUAGCUGCUGUGCCAAGGGUGACAGCACCUCCCAUGGAGCGCUACUGUGAUGACCGCAGUGCUGAGUAUGAAUGGAGACGAAUGCGGGCCGGAAACAGUGAAGCUGAUAAGCAGUGUGUUCUGUAUGGAUCACCUGAGCUGGCCUCAGCCUGGGCGCGUCGUUCCCAGGUCUUUCAUACAGAAUUCUUUGGUGGAGUGAUGGCACAGUACCCCAGACAUGGUUGGUCUUUCAUCAGGAUACCAGACAAAGAGACUCUAAUUACACACAGUGGGAAGCUGCAUACCUUGGAUAAGUUGCUGUGCAGACUGAAGUCCCAAGGUCAUCGUGUCCUCAUCUAUUCUCAGAUGACUCGAAUGAUUGACUUGCUGGAGGAGUACAUGAAUUACCGCAAGCACACCUACAUGCGCCUGGAUGGUUCAUCUAAGAUUUCAGAACGAAGGGAUAUGGUUGCUGACUUUCAGAGCAGGACGGACAUUUUUGUCUUUCUCCUGAGCACAAGAGCAGGAGGUCUAGGCAUUAACCUCACAGCUGCUGAUACAGUGAUAUUUUAUGAUAGUGACUGGAAUCCCACCGUGGACCAACAGGCUAUGGACCGGGCUCAUCGGCUUGGUCAGACUAAGCAGGUUACUGUGUACCGCCUUAUUUGCAAAGGCACCAUUGAGGAACGCAUCUUACAGAGAGCCAAAGAGAAGAGUGAGAUCCAGCGAAUGGUGAUCUCUGGAGGAAACUUCAAGCCAGAUACACUUAAGCCUAAGGAGGUGGUAGGCCUGCUUCUGGAUGAUGAGGAGCUGGAGAAAAAGUUACGUUUGAGGCAGGACGAGAAGAGAACGCAGGAAGAGAACAGUAAAGUCAAAGACCGCAAAAGGAAGCGGGAGAAGUACGCUGAGAGGAGGAAAAAGGAAGAUGAGGUGGAUGAGAAGAGGAGGAAGGAAGGGGUGAACCUCGUCAUUCCCUGUGCUCCCUCGGCGGACAAUUCCAAUUUAUCAGCGGAUAAUGACGGAGAUGACUCCUUCAUGAGCUUGGAUAUGGACUCCGCCAUUCCUAGCCCUUUUAGCGAGAUCUCUUUGAGCAGUGAGCUGCAGCCCGGCUCCAUUGCUCCUGAUGAGAGCAGCAACGACAUGCUGGUAAUUGUGGAUGAACCCGUGUCCUCUGCACCACAGUCCCGUGCCACAAACUCGCCUUCCUCAGUCACGGGCUCAGAUAACAUUAACGGAGUUUCAUCCCAGGAGAUGUCAAAUACAGGCAAGGGGAAAUGUGGUCGGAGUCGUGGAAGGCCGAAGGGGUCAGGAGGGAUGGGGAAAUCCUCUGUGAAAGGCCGUGGACGCAAAUCAACCGCUGGCAGUGCAGCAGCCAUUGCAGGGGCUAUGGCCGGGGCGGCAGCAGCUUCCGCAGCGGCGUAUGCUGCCUAUGGGUUUAGUGUGUCCAAAGGUCUUACCUCAUCAGGCCCUCUCCAGCCCUCAUUGACCAGGACAUCAGCCGUACCAUGCCCCGCUACAAGUAGUGCCUCUUCUGCUGGACCCAAGACUGGCACAAUUUCUCUUGGUCCCCAGUAUGUGACACACAGUAGCUCACAUACCCAUCACAACUCUGCCAGGAAAGGCAAAGGGGCCAGUGGCGUAUCAUCUCAACAGUAGGCAAAGCAAGAAGGAAUGCAGUGGACUAGACGUUACCUGUUCAUAUGAUUUGUCAGAUGUCUAUAUUAGAAAGUUGACUCAGAAAUGUGUUCCUGGAUAAACAGUUUAAGGAGUAUCAAAAACCAUCUUCACACUUCUCAGCGAAGCUUGUCCACUUGGGUGGGUGGACCCAAAAGACACCAGCUCAACUCUGAGGGCUAUAUUUAGGAUCACAAAACUGCUCCUUUGAUUCCUGUGCUGUUGGUGUAAAAUAGUGAAAUAUGUUCAGAUAUGCAUGCAAUGCAGGACCAAUCAGGAGUCAAAAAAAGAAAUCUAUGCGGAGCGAUUUGUCAUAAGAAAUGCACUACACAAAAUAUCUAACCAUUUAAAUUUUGUAUAGAUUUAUCUGUUGAAUAUUUGGUUGAUGUAAAAUUAUUAACACCAGUCCAAGUCGAUUUAGCAAAGGGCUUGCUAAUACAUGAGCAUCAUAAAAGCAGUUUUAAGGUGUCCCUGAAGGUAUGUCGUGGGUUCAUUUUCCUUCUUUUCCUUCCAUCCAAAUAAUAUUUAUCCUUCUUUAAAAGAUCACUUCAGACCUCUGGUGCAUUCUGUAACUCACAUUUCUUCCUGUUACAAUUCCAUUUCAAGUUAAUGUUUCAAACUAUUGAAUAUUACUUCAACUUAUUUUAUUUGAAUUGAACUUUUGUCAGGUGAAUUAAAAAAGAAAAGUCCUGUCUGUCUUCCCCAUACAUCCUCUGAAUCAUAAUGCAUUUAAUGAUCGACAUACUCAUUAAAGUCCUUAAAAAGAAAA